UUUCCCAUUUGCAAAAUCACGAAAUGAGCGAUUCAACUCAGUGAAACACCAACUUAUAAACCCUUCAAAAACCCUCCCUUUUCUCUCUCCUCUUCUCCAAUCACUUUCCAGUUUCCAGCCAUGAACAGAGCUAAAUUAAUCCGUUUAUCUGCUCGACUCAUCAACUCGCUUUCCUCAACUCGGCAACCAGGACUCCACUCGCUCAGGUUAAAUCAGGUGACUAACUUUUCCUACUUAGCUCAAUCUCCCCCCUUUCCUUUUGCUAAACCUACACACUCAAGCUUAAUUUCCUCAAAUUCCCAUCAAAAUGUAUACUUCACCACUAAAUCAGAGUCUAUGUUUGAGCUUAUACUUUCCAAAGAUGAUUGGUCAGUAGAAAUUGAGAAUGAAUUGAAAAAGCUAAACCCUAAUGUGAAUCAUGAAUCUGUAGUUUAUGUUUUGAAGAAAUUGAAUCAAAACCCUAAAAAAUCAAUGGAUUUUUAUAAAUGGGUUCGCGAUAAAAAGAAGUUUGAGACUAGAUAUGUGCCUUGUACUUUAUUGCUUAAGACUUUAGCUUGUAGAGAGUUUAUGGAAGAUUUCUGGGCUGUUGCCUCUGAAAUGAAGGGAAAAGGGUUAUGCAUUGAUUACCAGAUUUAUGUUGCUGUUAAUGGGGCUUUAGAAAGGGAAAAGAUGGCUAAGGAGGCUGCAGAAUGGACCAAAUUUUACGACUCAAUGUGGAAGGAGAAUGGUCAAAAUGAUGUUGUCAAGAAUGUAGUUAAGGUAAUAAUGGGGUCUGAGUGGAGUGAGGAAGUUGAGAGUAAGUUGAAGAGGCUGAAUUUUCCAUUAUCGGAGAAUGUCGUGUUUAGGGUGAUUUGGGGAUUGAAGGAAAAGCCAUUGAAUGCUCUGAAAUUCUUCAAUUGGGUUGUGAGUUGCAGAAAAUAUGAGCAUAGUAGUGUAACUUAUAGCAGAAUGGCUAGGGUUUUAUCACUUGGUGGACUAAUGGGUGAAUUCUGGGAUCUGGUGACUCGAAUGAGAAGCGAGGGGCAUGAGAUUGAUGGCUAUGUGAAGCUUGCAAGGUGUCUUAACAAUGGAGAUGCUGUUAACCUCUUUGAGCUUAUCAUGGAUGGUCCAUACAAGCUUUCGGAGAAAGAUUGUAUUUGGCUUUUGAAGAUCCUUGCACAUGAUACUAACCCAGAUAUUGAUUUGGUAAACAGGGUUGUUAACAAGUAUGUAGAAGUGGGAAAUACACAUAAUAAAGCUACAUAUGAUUGUAUACAUAGAUCUUUAUGUAAAACCGGGAGAUUUGAUGAAGCGAAGAAGAUAGUAGACAAGAUGAGGAAAGCAGGCUUUAAGCCUGACAACAUUACUUACAGUCAAGAAGUGUUCGGCCUCUGUAAACUGAGAAGGUUUGAAGAUGCUAAUCUGGUGUUAAACCAAAUGGAAGAUGAAGGAUGUGUACCAGAUAUAAAGACAUGGACAAUACUAAUCCAAGGGUAUUGUGCAGCAGGCAAAAUGGAUGAAGCAUUAACAUGUUUUGCACAAGUACCAGAUAAAAACCUCGACCCAGAUGCUGAUAUGUUGGAGGUUUUGAUAAACGGGUUCAUUUCACAUGAUAAGUUGCUUGGUGCUUAUAAGUUUCUUGUUGAAAUGGUCCGAAAAGCUUGCUUAAAACCAUGGCAGGCAACUUACAAACUGAUGAUUGAGAAAUUAGUGCAAAAUGGAGAAAUUGAUAAAGCAUAUUACCUUCUUAGUAUGAUGAAGGAGCAGGAAUAUCCGCCUUAUCCUGAACCGUUUGUUGAAUAUAUCUCGAAAUCUGGAACUGUGCAGGAUGCGAAGAAGCUCUUAGCAGCUGUGCCAAUGAAAGGUUCUACUCCAUCCAUUGAAGCUUAUGUAAAUAUUAUUACAUCUUUCUUUAAUAAAGGUAGACAUUCUGAAGCUAAGGAUUUGCUUUAUGUUAGUCCUCCUAAGGUUCGGAGGCAAAAGAAAAUUCAGAAAUUGUUUGGGUUUGAGCCUCCGAAACAGCUCUCGUAGUUGAGGCAGUAUGUAUUGGAUCAAAGAUAACUGUUCUUUGUGUCGAAUGAAUGGCAUCAACCAUUAAUUAUCAAUGAACUUUAAAUUCUGGAAAUCUAUUAAGAGAAUUUUCCUUGCUUCUUGUUUGAAAGCAUCAUGCAGUAUACUGUCAAAGCUGGGAAAUGAUAAUUUGUGAUGUAUUCCGAAUAUCUCGGGAAUUCAAUGAAGAUGUUCAAUCUCGUUUGGAUGUUAAGUUGCCCUUCAAAAUUGUUAUAUGUGGAAGAUAUUUCCUUCUUCCAUUAUUGCAGGAAGAGUCAACAAUCAAUGUUUAAUGUUAGUGCUCAAGUAUUUAUCAGAAGAUGAUGUGUUUAUUGUGCUUAUUGAACGAUUUUCUAACUGAAAAUAAGCUGUGUAUUGAACUUCUCUUUUUUAAAACUUUUUUAAAAA